GCCGUUCACUCAAGUUGGUUCACAUUUAUCGCGGCUUUCGAGCAGUUCCUCCGGGUGACUAUCAUUUCCAUGUUGUUUGAAAUGUAAUGUUCGUGUUGCCUACAGCGCCAGGACGGGGUGGAGCGUUGCGCCACUCCUUUCUGACGUGUUCCGUAACCACGCCCCGCGUUGUUACUGUGGAAACCGGCGAGUCUGAUGAGCAGGCAGUCAACCUGGUCAGUAGCCGGCGGAGGUUAGCCAGGCUGCUAACCCAGUGGCGGCUGUAAUGUCCACUUGCUGACCGGAGGGAGCAGACUCACUCAGGACUGCAAUGACUCCUAGGACACAUUCAAUAUUCAUUCUGAAGACUACAGUUGUUACACGCCUAACGGUUCCAGUGAAGAUAAACACAGAAACGUCACUGUGAUGGGACAAGGUAUUGAAGAUUGGGAGUCGUCUGAGCUUCCACCAAGGAGGAAGCGCUUAGAGUCAAGUAACUUUGGAAGUGAGAUGGAUGAAGAAGAAUAUCGAGGUGUGCCGAUCCCUCUGCAUCGCUGGGUGAUGCACGGUGCUGUGAUGUUUGGCCGGGAGUUCUGCUAUGCAAUGGAAACCGCCCUUGUGACCCCAGUUCUUCUUCAAAUAGGUCUUCCUGAACAGUACUACAGCUUAACAUGGUUCCUCAGCCCGAUCCUGGGCCUGAUUCUAACCCCUUGGAUUGGCUCCUCCAGCGACCGCUGCACACUCCGGUGGGGCCGCAGGAGACCAUUCAUACUGGCCUUGUGCAUCGGUGUGCUGAUAGGUGUCGCUCUUUUCUUGAAUGGCUCCUUGAUUGGUCUUGCAAUUGGGGAUUUUCCUGGCAGCCAGCCCAUCGGCAUCGUUCUCACUGUGCUGGGAGUAGUGGUGCUAGAUUUCAGUGCCGAUGCAUCGGAGGGCCCGAUCAGAGCUUAUCUCCUCGAUGUUGCUGACACAGAGGACCAAGAUAUGGCCUUGAAUAUUCACACCUUCUCUGCUGGGCUUGGUGGAGCAGUUGGCUACAUGCUAGGGGGCCUUGACUGGACCGAAACCGUCCUGGGUCGUGCAUUUAAGUCACAGGAGCAAGUCCUCUUCCUUUUUGCUGCAAUUAUAUUCAUCGUCUCAGUCAUUCUUCACAUGCUAAGUAUUCCGGAGAGGACUUACCCGUCAUCUAACCCAAGAAGUUCUGGUUAUGGAGAGUCUGUCAGCCAGCUGUCUGUCAGGCGUGCAGGUCACACUCCUUGUCUUCCCUCAAUCUCAGAGGAGGAUCCAUUGACUCAAGCUCACAACACUGAAUCAAAUCUCCACGAGGGGGAGAUGGAAUUUCUUGCAGUGGACCGAGCUCGGAGCAAAAGUGAUUCUGUCCUAGCGAUGGCAGAUGAUACCAUCAAGUUAGACCCGGAUCUUGACCUGGACAAACAGAGUUAUCCAAUGGAUGAUGGAUUCUUGCCAGGGCCUCAAGGAGAUUUCACCGAUGAAUUCAGGCCUUCAUUUGGGUCUCCUGAUUCUUCAAGGCUUCCAAGUUUUAGUCCGGCAGUUUUCCAGCCCAGCAAGUCGACCAAUGAGGAACCACUUUCCCCUUCAAUGAAGUCUCCAACACACAACAGCCAUUUGAACACAAAGAGCAACGUUGCAAAUGGUGCCAGUUCUGAAAACUCUGUCGUCAGACGCUCCACGAGUGGAAGAACUGGGUCACGGCCAUCCACCGCUGCCGUUUCGUCACGGCCACAUCCUCACACCUACAGACAACCUUCCUUCACAUUCUCCUAUUAUGGGCGUGUUGGAUCACAUCGCCAUCGACUCCGUAGAACAGCGGCCUUAAGCCCACAUCAAAUUACCACCUCCCGUAGCCUGAACGAUUUAAGCGAUCUCCGGAAGCACGCCAAGAGGAGAGCGCUUCAGCUGUCUGUCAGCAGUCUCUCAUCGGGGGACUCCAACAGCGAUGCUGGAUCAGACAAGGGCACAACUGUACGGCUGCUCUGGUUGUCCAUGUUGAAGAUGCCAAGGCAGCUUUGGAGAUUGUGCGUGUGUCACCUUGUCACUUGGUUCUCCAUCAUCGCAGAAGCUGUGUUCUACACUGAUUUCAUGGGGCAAGUCAUCUAUCAAGGGGACCCAACGGCCCCUGCAAACUCCACAGAGUUACUAAAUUACAGUAGAGGAGUUCAGAUGGGCUGCUGGGGGCUGGUGGUCUAUGCUGCAACUGCCGCUGUCUGCUCAGCCAUAUUGCAGAAGUACCUUGAUAACUUUGAUCUGAGCAUCAAGGUGAUCUACAUCAUCGGGACCCUUGGAUUCUCCGUUGGAACCGCUGCCAUGGCUCUCUUCCCGAAUGUCUACGUGGCCAUGGUGAUGAUCAGUACCAUGGGUGUCAUCUCGAUGAGCAUCUCAUACUGUCCAUAUGCCUUACUUGGCCAGUACCAUGAAAUCAAAGAGUACAUCCACCACAGUCCAGCAAAUUCCAGAAGAGGCUUUGGAAUUGACUGUGCCAUCUUGUCCUGCCAGGUCUACAUCAGCCAAAUACUGGUAGCAUCUGCUCUUAGCGCCGUCAUAGAAGCAGUGGGCAGUGUGCGAGUGAUUCCUGUAGUUGCCUCUGGGGGGUCCUUCCUCGGCUUCCUAGCUGCCUGUUUCCUCGUGGUAUAUCCUGAUGGGUGAUCCAGAGAGGAAUCUUCUGUUGAAGGAGAACCAGCUCAUGAAAGUAAUCGUUCAGUUCCGCAAAAUUUGUUUAAGAAGACGUUGGCCUGUGUUCUAAAAUCGUGAUUCUUUUUCUCUUCCAACUAUGGACGGUUUUGUUGAGUCUUUCUUCAUGUUCUCUGAUUUCUGCAGCAGGCGCUACUGCAUCCAGAACAAUAAGUUGUCGCUGUGUUGUCAAGCUCUUUGUUGAUAAACUGGUCAACUGUGGAACACAGAGCAGAUGGUAAUCGAACCAAAACACUGUCACUCUGCACACUCCCACGAAGACCAGACUGGAGAAGAACAAUAUGUGUGAAAACAGGCUGGAUCGGGUGCAAGUGCACUUCAUUUUUCAAGUGCCUUCUCACUGCAUGAGAAUUGCAGGUUGAGCUCACUCAGGAGGAUGUAAAUUUUUAAGCAGAGUACUGUGAAUAUCAGCUAAUACUUGUAUUAGCUGUUUCAAUUUUUACAUGUCUGCAAUGCCACAGAAAUGUCUCUUAUAUGAUAUACUUUUAUAGAAAUAUCUUAAACUUUUAUGUUUCUACCUCAGACCAAACCUGUCUGCCUACGUUUUUAUUGUGAAAGAAUAAGUCCUUCAGGCACAUGUAGCACUUUUGACUUAUAUGCUGCCAUGCUGUUGCCGUGGUGAUGCCGAACAGUGUCUGACAACAGCGCCACCCUGGCUGUCCGCGUGUACUGUCGGUAAUUAUCCAUAGAACUUCCAUAUGAACACUACAGUUUGAUAUUAUCGCCAAUUUGUGUAUCAGUAAUACGAAGCAAAUGGAUCCACACAAAAAUGUUCUUGUGGAAACCAAAAACAUAUUCCUUCAGUGUCUUAUUUGAGCAGUCUGAGUUUGGGCCAUCGGUGUAUUCCACUGUAGGAUGUCGGUGCAGCGACACAGGGCAAGCCACUCGUGACAGCUUCUGGUGGAGACGCUCUGUAUGGUGUUUAGCGACUGAAAAGCUGGUCUUGUGAGUUGCUUAUCAGGUGAUUGCUUCCACUUUGAAAGGAUGUCUUAUUCUUUGGGUUGGCUUCAUUGUCAGUCUGAGGUCAUUGCUGAACCUCUGUUCCUUCUGCCUCCUUCACUGUGUUGUGAUGCGAGCCUUUCAAAAUAACCGACUCUAUGUGGGUUUUCAAUCACUAUAAGUCUAAGUUAUUGAAACCCACUGCAACCCAAUGUAAC